AGGUGGUUCACUAUUUAUCACGACAAUUAAUAAAACCAAGAUAUCCUAUGCUCUUGGCAUAGUGCUAGCAGAGAAGGUCAUGUCCAUUGUCCCCGAAGGUACUCAUGACUGGGACAAGUUUAUCCCGCCCGAAGAGCUUGAAAGACUACUUGAAUCUAAUGGUUUUGUGGUAGAUACUCUGAGGGGAAUGCUGUACAAUCCCUUCAUGGGAUCCUGGAGUUGGUUUGAAGACACAAGCAUUAACUAUGCGGUUCAUGCAUUGAAGAACGUCCGCCAAGAACAGACAUCAGAUAUUGACAUUGAAAAAGAACAAGAUCUCUCUAAGGCAGCAGAAGCAUCUAUAUAAUGGAUUUUCCUGCUGCUU